AUGUGCGCGGGGCUGAGCUCCCUGGAGGCGCUCAAGCAGAAGCUCGCCCAGGACCAAGCACGCCUGGCCGGCGGCGGCGGCACGAAACCGUACCGGCCCGCGGCGCCGAGCGCGGGGCCGCCGGAGGACUGCCGCGGCACCCUCUCCCCGCCCCUCGCACAAGUGGCGCCGCAGCCGCUCCUGGGCGCGGUGUCGUACCUGCGCGCCUGCUCCGUGGUGGAGUCGGAGGACGGCCGCUGCAGCGCCGCGGACGUGGACAGGGAGGCCUCCGCGAUCGCCCGCAAGGCCGUGGAGGCCGCCCAGCCAGCGCCACCUGGCGCCGAAGGCGGCGGCGUGGACUUCGAGAGCGACCCGAUCAAUUUCACGCACAUCCUCCGGUUCAUGCGGGACGGCGAGGCCUGGCAGCCCCCAGACGACGACAAGGCUCGCGCGGCUUUGAAGAAGGAGGCCGUGUACUUCGGCUGCACUGGCAUUCUCCACCGGCUGGACAGGGACGAGAACGUGGACAACCUCACGGACCUGCUCCUGAAGGAGGCCUUGGAGGGGGUGCCGCCCGAGCUGCGCUGCACGAUCGGCAAGCAGGGCAAGGGGGUGUACACGUUCGGCACCAGCGGGAAGGAGGUGACCCUGCACACGAUGAACGGCCGCCUAUUCGUUUACCGUAUCAACGAGGUGGUUCGGCACAUGCCCAUCCAGCAGCUGCUGACUGAGGAGGGCCUCAUCCCCGCGCCGGGGGCGGCGCCGGCCUUCGCGGCCAUCGCUGCCGCGCCCACGGCCGGGGCGCCGGCGCCGGCGGCGGCGCCCGAGGCGGCGGAGAGCGGCACGGCACCCGCCGCAGCCGUG